CACUAGUGACGUAUUCCGCAUUAAAAAUAAAAACAAUUCGGUUCUGAGAUACAAUAGCAGCUUGGAGCAAGAUGCAAGUUUUUACAACUAAUCCAUAAUGCCAUAAACUAACCCUCAAAUGGCGUUUUCCUUUAUUUUCUUCACAAUUGUGAAACAUAAUUUUUAGUUCAUAGCUGUAAGCUAAAAAUAAAUUCCUUCUGGGUGCUUCAUUCACAGUCCACAGAUAGUUUUAAUGUGGACGUGCAUCGCCGAUCGCACGUUCUAUCUUCAUCGAAUUUAUGAUGGUAAUGGAUACUUAUUACAACAACACCCAGAGGCAGCAGUAUUCCCCAGGGAUGUUGUGGAGUAAAAUCAACUCUCUGCACUUGAGCUACCUGGAAAUGGAAGCAAGUCCAGAGAAAAUCAAACACAAAAGCAAGCUGGAGGAGUACAUCCAUCGUUAUCUUUGUGAGGCUCAUCACAAUCAGAAAUUUGAGUGCACAUCUACACCCAAAGUGCUCCAUGAGUCAGCUGCUAGGAUGACUGAUUUUAGUGGUUAUAAGGCUGCAUUAGGGUGGGAUGCAAUUGGUAGAUAUGCUGCAAAUUUACUUACAAAACCAUGGAGGAAAGAAUACAGACAAAUAAAGAUGUAUUCUGGUUUCUAUAAACAUGAAGUAGAGUCAAAUUUAGUUGGGGCAGAUGCAAUGUUUGUUGAAAUGGGCUAUAAACCAAUGGAUAAUCAACAGCUUAUAUUAACCGGCCCCGUGUGUCCGGAUCGCUUGGCGUCUGUUUCUUUAGAUUCAAUCAUGGCUUAUGUGGAAUGUCAGAUUCUGAAAGAAAUUUGGGAAGAAGUUUCACAAGUGUACAAUGUCACUUGGCUGGAUGUGUUGAAUAUGCGCGAGAUGUACGCUGGCAGUCCACAGGAAACCAUCGACGGUGUGAUGCAUAUGAAGAAGCUACCAAGUCCAAAGGCAAUGCAUUCGUAUUAUACUCAGCCUCCGCCGCCACCACAGCCGCAAUAUAUGUACGGCCCAUCGACGAUGAUGCCGCCUCACACCUGUUGCGGCAAUUUUUACAUGCACAACGCGCCAUAUCCCGGUUACUAUUAUCCCAGCCAACCGCAAAUGUCGCACAUGCAUCACCCUGCCGGCAGCGGCUGCUCUCAUGCUACGGUCAACGCUCCCGCUGUGCCUACUGCACGUCUGAUUGAAUACGAUGGCUUCGAUCAGCCAGAUGGUCGAGUGGAUGAAGUGCAGAAACAUCUCGGACAGAUGUAUUUGAACGAUGCCCCAACGGCAAAGUCCGCAUCGGAACGCGAUGAUGGUUCAGGCACCUAUGAAUCAUGGGAUUAUGUUUAUCGCAACCUAGAGAGUCAAGGUUAUUCAAAAGAUCUUGGGAACGCGGGAUUUACUCAAAGUCAAAACACAGCACAUGCCAGGCCAAAGUCUAAACAUGCUGAUGAGAGUAAACGAGAAAAACGUGAAAAUAGACAUAGCACAUAUGACAACGUGAGCGAUAAGCCCGUCAAGGCGAAAACAUCAGUUGAGCCGGUGGUACCGGUAGCUCCUACGCCAUCAUCUAACACUCAGCCUGCUCAAUCGAGGCAAAACAAUGGACAUGCAGAGUUAGCAGUAGCGCCAUCUGCAAGUACAAGUCAACCAGCUACUUCCAAGGGUUGGCAUUGUACGACCUGCACGUUUCUUAAUCAGAACGAGAAAGAUAUUUGCGCCAUGUGUUCGAAGAGUCGUAAGAAACCAAUGGAGGAGCAUCUUCAGGUUGGAGGUACCCAGUGCGAAAAAUGCACCUAUGUCAAUGGCAAGGGACAGAAAAUAUGCAGUAUGUGUAGCAGUAGUCUUAAUAAUUCGCCUACUUAUAUUUAGAGUUACAAUAAACUAUCCUAAGUAUCUA